CCGCGUAGACAUUUAUAUUCGAGAAGAACGUUCUGCCUAUCUUAAUACUAAAUUAUAUUUGAUGUCACCUUUGCUCGUGUCGCUUUUUAAAAGGUGCACAUGGUAGUGUGCGGCAUGAACCAGAAGAACUAAUGAUCAUUUGUUCUUAUGUGUAGGCAUCUAAUAUUUCGUAAAGGAAGUAGAAAAGUAUUAAUCGAAACCUGAAGCUUAACUUGCAUAAUGACUUGAAAAUGGAACAGCAGGAGCAGUCAUGGGUCCAGCAGUGGCCUCGGGUUACCAAGUUCAUCUUGUCCGCAUGUGCAGCUACUGUUGCUGAAAUGGUGACAUUCCCCCUGGACCUGACCAAGACCAGGCUCCAGAUCCAGGGUGAAGCAGCCAUAAAACAACAUGGCCCUGGUGGUGGCCCCCAGAUGGCCUACCGGGGUAUGAUGGGCACCGCCCUGGGAAUUGUACGCGAGGAGGGUCCGCUUAAACUGUGGCAGGGGGCCACACCAGCAGUGUACAGACAUAUAGUGUACUCAGGGGUGCGGAUGGUGACCUAUGAGCAGUUCCGAGAUGUCCUUGGUAGGUCUGAAGAUGAUACUUUCCCCCUCUGGAAAGCAGCGAUCGGAGGCAUGCUGGCUGGGGCGGUGGGCCAGUUCAUGGCCAGUCCCACCGACCUGGUCAAGGUUCAGAUGCAGAUGGAGGGAAGACGCAGACUGGAGGGCAAGCCACCUCGGGUGCAUGGAGUUUACCAAGCUGUCCUGAAGAUUAUCUCCGAGGGGGGAAUCAGAGGCCUGUGGGCAGGGUGGGUCCCCAAUGUACAGAGGGCUGCCCUAGUUAAUCUAGGAGAUCUCACAACUUAUGACACUGUCAAGCACAUUCUACUGAGAAAUACAUCACUACAAGACAACAGCCUUUGCCAUGGAUUAGCAAGCACAUGUUCUGGUCUGGUUGCUGCUACCAUGGGAACACCAGCGGAUGUUAUCAAAACCAGAAUAAUGAACCAGCCCAGAGAUAUGAAUGGCAGGGGUGUGUUGUACACAUCUUCCAUUGAUUGCUUGAUCCAAUCUGUAAAGGGGGAAGGGUUCAUAUCCCUGUACAAAGGCUUUCUCCCCACUUGGAUGAGAAUGGCGCCCUGGUCUAUGACGUUUUGGCUGUCGUUUGAACAAAUACGGAAGACAAUGGGCAUCAGCUCAUUCUAAAGGCUCCGGACCAGGCCUCCCUCUCCAGCCUGUCUGAGACACUGAAGGAGAAAGGGGUGGCUCACAAGCUCUGGAUUGAACAGCCAGAGAAUGUCCCCACCUGCCUGGCA